GCGUCUGGCUGAUUGAUGGGAGCGUCUGGGUCGGUUCCCGAUCAGAGGAGGACCUCAGCUCGGGGUCUUUUGGUCACAUCCGGGGCGACCAGAGACAUGGUCACCAGUUUCCUUGGUUUUCAGGUUGUCAAGGUCGGCGCCAACGGGGAGGUGGAGACGGUGGAGCAGGAAGAGGGAGUGGAGCCCCACCCUGAGCAGGACGAUGACGAGGAUGAAGAUGUUGGACAGCAGCUGCCGGAUGAAGGAGACGAGCCGGUUCAGGCACCAAACAGCGACCAAAGCUGGGCUAAAGACCCAGACUAUCAGCCUCCGUCUGGAGGCAUCAAAAAGUCCAAAAAGGGCAAGAAGAGCCGACUGCGCUACGCUGAGGGGGACAAGGACAUGGACGUCAGCGUCUACGACUUUGAGGAGGAACAGCAGGAGGGCCUUCUGUCUGAGGUCAACGCCGAGAAAGUGGUGGGCAACAUGAAGCCGCCCAAGCCCACAAAGAUCAAGAAGAAAGGAGUGAAGAAGACGUUCCAGUGCGAGCUGUGCAGCUACACGUGUCCCCGCCGCUCCAACCUGGAUCGCCACAUGAAGAGCCACACCGACGAGAGGCCGCACAAGUGUCACCUGUGUGGACGAGCCUUUAGGACGGUGACUCUGCUGCGAAAUCAUCUGAACACGCACACAGGAACUCGGCCGCACAAGUGCACCGACUGCGACAUGGCGUUUGUGACCAGCGGAGAACUCGUGCGCCACCGCCGCUACAAACACACACAUGAGAAACCGUUCAAGUGCUCCAUGUGCGACUACGCCAGCGUGGAGGUGAGCAAACUGAAGCGGCACAUUCGCUCCCACACCGGCGAGCGGCCCUUCCAGUGCAGCCUCUGCAGCUACGCCAGCAGAGACACCUACAAGCUGAAGAGACACAUGAGGACGCACUCAGGAGAGAAGCCGUAUGAAUGCUACAUCUGCCACGCCCGCUUCACCCAGAGCGGAACGAUGAAGAUGCACAUCCUGCAGAAACACACGGAGAACGUGGCUAAGUUCCACUGCCCUCACUGCGACACCGUCAUCGCACGCAAGAGCGACCUGGGCGUCCAUCUGAGGAAGCAGCACUCGUUCAUUGAGACCGGGAGGAAGUGCCGAUACUGUGACGCCGUUUUCCACGAGCGCUACGCUUUGAUCCAGCAUCAGAAGUCCCACAAGAACGAGAAGCGCUUCAAGUGUGACCUGUGCGACUACUGCUGCCGUCAGGAGCGCCACAUGGUGAUGCAUCGCCGGACCCACACGGGAGAGAAGCCGUUCGCCUGCAGCCAGUGCGAGAAGACGUUCAGGCAGAAGCAGCUGCUGGACAUGCACUUCAAACGCUACCACGACCCCAACUUUGUCCCCACCGCCUUCGUCUGCCCCAAGUGUAGCAAGACGUUCACGCGCAGGAACACCAUGGCUCGGCAUGCCGAGAACUGCAACGGCGAGGCGGAGGAGCUGGAGAACGGAGCUGUGACCCCGAAGAGGGGGAGGAGAGGGAGGAAGAGGAAGAUGAGGAGCAGGAGGGAUGAUGACGACAGCGAGGAAGACGCCGCUGAACUGGACGAGUUGGAGGAUGAGGACGAGGCUGAGGAUGAAGCUGCCGUGCUGCAGGAGGAGGACGACCUAGAGGCCGUGGAACUAGAUCAGGCUCCUGCCGUCGUCCCGCUGGUGGCCCCCGAGGAGCCCCCGGUGAAGAGGAAACGAGGCCGACCCCCGAAGAACCCCAAACCCCAGGCGGCCAGCGCACCCGGGCCCGCGGCGUCAGUCGUCGCCACUGUUCAGGUGAAGGACGAGCUGAUGGGCGCCGUGGAGAACAUCAUCGUGAAGAAGGAGGAGGCCGACGGCACGACUCCUGAGAAGCAGGUCGAAGGGCUGACCGAGGAGGGAGGGGCGGAGGAGGUGGAGCUGGCUGUGAGCGAGGAAACGACGGCCGCUGCUGCUAACGGAGACCUGACCCCAGAGAUGAUCCUGAGCAUGAUGGACCGGUGAAGCCGCCUCCAGAACCUGCUCCAGCCGCUGAUCCCAGCUCUCACAUCUUUCUUCUUCUGAAUGUUCUGAAUGAAUCUGCAUGUUUCCUGCUGCUCAAAGCCACAUCCUCUCUCUGUGUCUGUUCCCUCUCCCGUUCCUCUAACUCCAUCAGCGCCGCAGCCCCGCCCGUUCCCAGGCCCUAAGAGGCAAACGCUCCAACGCAAGAACAAGCCGUGGUUUCAGACUGGAAGGUCUGCUUCCUGCUUUGGACUUGUAGAGGAACCCUUCCUUUGGGUCGUGUUUCAUUUCUGCAGCGUUGGACAUGAAGUUAAACCCAAAGUUUGUCCCGGUAGUCGUCCUUUACUAAGAUCUAGUUUUUAUUUCAGCGAAGCCUGUUGGUGUGGUUGGAGUGAGAGCAUUAGAGACGGUUAAAGUAGAAAUAAUCUGGGUUCCAUGUUUCCGUGUCUCCCGACGCCUGAGGCCCGGACCAGUGGAGCCACGGAGUUAGCCUCAGAAGGGCGGCGCCUCGGUCGCUUUAGUUACUCCAAAUUGGAGGAAUAGAUAAACUGAAAAGCAGAGAGGAAAGAACUACUGAGAAUAGAUCUGUCCUCCGUCAGGUGGUCCUGUUUUCCUGUCUCCGUCCGACGGGACUGCCGGGACGUUUCGGAGUGAGGAAGUGGAGGAAAUCUUUGGCGGUCGUAGUCAGGCGGUGUUUUAAUCCGGAUUUUAUUUUUAUUUUUUUCCGGAUUGUAACACCAACGCUCCUCCAUCUCAUCAUGUUGUUGGAAGUUCUUCCUGAAUCAGACCUUCAGGCUGAUGUGGACCAUUCUAGAUGUUUCCUGACUUUUCAUACUUCAGUCCUCAGACGGAACCCGGUGGUUCUGGUGUCACUCCACCGCUACGGGCAGCGGACCCAUGGAUUCAUGUCGAUAAAGCUUUCCUGAUUUUUAGAAACAGAUUUUCCUUUUUUCUGACGGCGGAUCAGUCGGAACUGAACCAGAUCAGUCCGUCUUUGUCUCCCAGCUUCUGGUCUUUUUGAUAUUUUUACUCCUUUUAUUAUUUUUACUGUUUUUGCUAAAUGUGUGUCUGAACCUCUGAGCCCGACUCGUUGAGUUUUCCUGGUUCUGAAAGGUUUGCUGCUCGGGGAUCCGAUGUCGGCCUCUGGCUGAAAGGUUCCCGCCUUUUCCCUCGCCGGGGCCGGUUCUCCUCGGUUCUGUUGAUCCUUCCAUGUUCUGCUGACGCAAAGCAGGAUCAGCUCUUACUGCUGGACGCCUGUUUUAUCAUGUUCUCUGCAGAGAAACGCUGACCAUGUCAUUCCUUAAGCUUUUUCUCUCCAUCGAUAAAAUAAAAAAUAAAAGUUGUGGACCGGG